UCACAUUGUGGCAACAUAAACAUCCCACCAACAGAGGCAAAGGGGCCACCAGGGCCAUGGACAAGGUAAAAAUAUUUUUGGAAAAUUCCCAAAAUUGAACUUUGCGUGGAGAGAAAAAAUGUUUGCGGCCCUCCAAACUGCCCCAUGGCCAUCGGCUGCGAGGAAUGCUUCUGUGAAGACGCAGGGAUGCUUCCGCUUGGCAACGACAGCGACGACAGCUACGACGACACCCCGGGAAAUCUCAAGGAGUCAUAAACACGAACCAAGCACCUGCAACUGCCACGAUUUGCCACUUCGUCCCUGCUGUUACGUUGCGAGGGUGGCGGAUAGCAAGCCUGACCUCGGACUCGGGCUUGGGCUCGACUAUGGGUUCGGGUUUCCGUUUCCGGUUCCGGUGCAAUGUGUCGCCGCCAUUAUGCAAAUGCCAGGCUCUCAAGUGGACAGACUGCUCAUUGCAAUCUGCAUUUAAAUGACCCCGGCGAGGUGCUAGCACGCUCCGAGAUUUCCCGGAAUCAUUUGCAAAAAUAUUAAAG